AUGGCAUCUUUUUUAAAGUGGUACAGAGUUUACAGCCACACAUAUCCAAUACGGACCAAUCUCGUUCAAACAGGUCUAUUGUUUGGUCUCGGUGAUUUAAUGGCUCAAAGUGCAGUAGAAAAGCGCAAACCUGAUGAAAUCGAUUGGUUACGUACAGUUCGCUAUGCAUCUAUUGGGUGUGCAGUUGGACCUACACUAACUAUGUGGUACAAAACGUUGGACAGAUUAGGAACUAAAAAUACAAUUCCAAUAGUAGCGAAAAAAAUAUUAGUCGACCAAAUGAUUGCAUCGCCAAUUAUUAAUGGAGCUGUAAUGAUUAUGAGUAGAGUGUUCAGUGGAGACAAAUGGCCACAAAUACAAAAUAAACUAGAAGACAACUAUGUAAAAGUCAUGCUCACUAGUUACUUGAUUUGGCCAGCUGUACAGACAUUUAAUUUCACUAUUGUUCCACAACAAUACAGGGUCUUAACAGUACAAAUAGUGUCAUUAGCUUGGAAUACAUACCUUUCAUUUAUGAGUGUUGGUGGUGAAAAAUCAAAACAAUCAUAA